UCAUUUGAAUUUUUAGGUAAAGGUAUUUACCUUGCCGUUAAGUUCGCACCAAUUGACGUCAUGAGCCAAAGAAUGCAUUUGGAACAUCAAUGCUGUUAAACGGUUUUUUUUUUCGUUUUUAUCGUAAGUCCUGAUAUCUGAAGUUCGUUCAUAAAACUUUCGUAUAUUUCUUCGACAAUCUCAGUUACAAAUUACUGUAUUAUACAGUAAUUAACAAGUCGUAAAAAAGCAAGAUUUCGCUUCUUAUCAGGCAUAUAUGUUAUGCAGAUUACCAGAUGGAAAAGACAAAGACAGUUUAGAAACAUGCAACAAUAACCUGAAACUGCAAACGUAAACAUUUAUGUUUUGUAGGUUAAUAAUGGAAAAGCUUUCCACGUAAACAAACAUUUUUUAUUGUUUUUUAUAUAAAAUAUAGACAUGGUGUUGAAAAAAACAAAAGGGUAUCAAGAUAUUGAUGGAAAUUUAACACUGCCAAUAAGCAAAGGACUUGUAGAUCCAGAUACUACAGUGCCACAAGAAAUUGAAAUGGCCUCUGUCUCAGUAGUACCUGAUGAUACGUUUACAGUAACCCAGGCUGUGAACGCGUUAGGGUUUGGCUGGUUUCAAGUAAAACUGUCUCUAUGGACAGGACUUUGUUGGAUGGCCGACAGUAUGGAGAUGACAAUAUUGUCUAUAUUAUCACCCGCAUUACACUGCACUUGGCAUAUUACAAGGUAUCAACAAGCUCUCACUACGACGAUAGUUUUUCUUGGCAUGAUGCUUUCAUCGACGUUUUGGGGCAACCUGAGUGACCGUUAUGGAAGAAAGCAUGCAUUAAGUUUAUGCGCUGUUUUGUUAUUCUACUAUGGACUAUUAAGUUCUAUAGCGCCUAGCUUUAUGUGGAUGCUUUUAUUGAGAGGUCUAGUUGGAUUUGCAAUAGGUUGCACCCCGCAGUCUGUAACACUCUACGCUGAAUUUUUACCCACACAACAACGCGCUAAAUGUGUAGUUCUGCUUGAUUGUUUUUGGGCACUAGGUGCCUGUUUUGAAGUAGCGUUAGCACUAAUUGUCAUGCCAAUAUUAGGUUGGCAGUGGUUGUUAGCUUUGUCCACUGGGCCGUUGCUUGCUUUUGCUAUGAUAUGCCCAUGGCUUCCUGAAUCUGCCCGAUAUCAUGUUGCUAGUGGUCAGACGGAGAAAGCUCUUGAAACCUUGGAAAAAAUCGCUAAAGACAAUGGUAAACCGAUGCUUUUAGGCAGACUCGUUGUGGAUGAUGUUACUUUGUCGUCUCCCCAUCGGGGGCGAUUCAGGGAUUUACUUGUACCCUCUUUAAGACGGACUUCCCUACUGCUUUGGUUUAUUUGGUGCUCGUGUGCGUUUUGUUAUUAUGGUCUGGUUCUAAUGACCACUGAAUUGUUUGAGUCCUCCGCGAUAGCGUGUGCAGAGGGCCUUAGACCAGCACAGAGCUUAGACACAUGUGCAGCCGAUUGUAAACCUCUUCAGACUACUGACUAUAUUGAUUUAUUGUGGACAACUCUAGCAGAAUUUCCCGGCAUUUUUAUUACUAUUUUUAUAAUUGAACGUUAUGGAAGGAAAAAGACCAUGGCGGUUCAGUUUGUUACGUAUGCCAUAUGUUGUUGUUUUCUGGUAAUAUGCCCAGGAAAGCGAACUGUAUUAACUUUAAUGCUGUUUUUGGCAAGAGGUAUUAUAGCAGGCGUAUUCCAAGCAGCUUAUGUUUACACCCCUGAAGUAUAUCCAACAUCGUUAAGAUCUGUUGGGGUUGGAUCCUGUAGCGCAAUGGCGCGAUUAGGAGCUAUGGUUACUCCAUAUGUGGCUCAGGUUCUUUUGAAAACAUCUAUUACGUUCGCUACUUCCACUUAUGCAGUGGCAGCGCUACUAGCGUCUAUAGCCUGUAUGUUAUUACCGAUUGAGACCGCAGGAAAAGAGCUUCCUGAAAAUACAUCGGAACAAAGGCAAGCCAACGCGAAUACAUAACUUUAAUUCGCACGUAUUUAAUAAAUUAACGGCAAAAAUAAAAUUGUUAAGAUUGCAAUUUAAUAAUCUCAAUAAUUUUGCUUUUUCUCAUACUAGAAUUGUAAGUAAUGGUUAUUGAGUUCUUAACAAAACAAAAAAAUUCGCGAAAAAUAUUAGAUAUAUAUGUUUGUCUAUUGUAUUUGCAUAUUGGUAUAAUAAGCUAACACUAUCAAAUUUCAGCAAAUUGUUGUGAUAGCAUAAACACCAAACAACUGUUUGUGUACAUGUGUAAUUUUCAUUUUCCUGUAAAUAUGAAUAUCUUCAAAGUCGUAAUUUAUUAUGCUACUAAAGAUAAAUUUUCGUUAUGCAAAGUCAAGUGGAACUUGAAGAACUGUUCUUUAAAACUUUUAAAUUUUGUGGAGAAGCUCUAUACUGCAUUUAAGUGCCAAGAGUUUUUCAACUACUUUGCGAACUAAAAUGGUAAUAUUUUCUCUGUAGAGUAUAAAUAUUUUUUAUGUACAAUUGUGAGCAGUGUAAUAAUCGUCUGAAACUUACUGCAUCGUUUGGUUAGUGCGGUUUUGAAAAAUUUUCGAAUUUUUCCCCAAAUCUUUGAAAGUAAAGUACGAACAUUUUGGAAUUCCGCUUCUUUGCAAAGGGGUUUCUUGCAUUGGCCAAAAAUUAUACAUCCUAUUUGGAUGAAACAAACUUAUUUCUUUUAUGGAAUAUUUGCUUCAUAAUCAACUGUAAAGAUUUUACUGUAAGGAAUUAAUCAAUCAUAAAUAUGGGAAUAAACAAAAAACCAAGGAAAAAUUCAAGCUAGUAGAUAAUAAAAUAAAAUUAAGCAACUUUUCUGUAAUUUAAUUAUAUAAGUUUUAAGACUCAACAAUCAGCGUGUAAUAUAAAUCGAACAUAUUUAUUUCUAUUUUUAAUAUUAGCAAUAUUGUUAAAGGCGGUUUUACUUAAUGAACAUGCAAUUAAUACCAAAGUCUUCUUUCAGUACUUAUUUGUUUACCAUUAUUAUUUAGCUAGGUAUUUAUAGUAUUUAACUACGUUAACCAAGUACCUUUUUAUUUAUUAAAAGUAUUAUUUAUAUUGUGAUUAUUUGGUGCUGGGAACGCAGUUUUAAGGCUGUUAAAACAUAGGCUGUUAUAAGUAUGAAAAAAAAGGAUAUUAAUUUA